AGAGUCUGGAGCUGUUUGGACACACAGGUUGAGGGUCCAAGCCUGUAUCUAAGGACUGGUGGCCAGAAGUUUUACCUCUUCCCUCUGAAUCAUCCAGUGUUGGCCAUAGGUUUGUGCAAGCUGGUGGCCUAUUCUAUCCAACAUUAUGUUCCCAAGCAGAAUUCAGCUAACUGGGAGAAACACAGAUCGAGCCUACAGUUUCUCAGGGUGAAGAAACAGCAUGUUACUGGAGAGUCCCAAACCUUUGCCUCACUCUCUGCAGGUCUGGCACAUGGAAAGCCCAGAGGCACUGAAGUAUCCCACUCAAGCAGCCAAGUGUUAACAACCUCUCCAAAGUCUAAUUUGCCUUUGAUAUAGACUUAAUUGUUUGCGUCACCCACUGGGCUAGGGGGAGGGCUAUAAAAGGGGCUGCAGCCAUUGUCUGAGGCAGAAGAGAGCCCAGAAAGAGCUCCCUCUCCCAGUCUUCUUCAUUCAGCACAGUAGUCACAGCCUGUACAUCAUGCAGCUGGUGGCCAGCCUGGUGUCCGUUCUGCUGCUGGUGUGGAGCGUGAGAGCCACUGCACUGCCCGGAGAAGAGAGACUUGCAAUACAGAACACUAGGGAACAGAGCACAGUCCGGAAAGACGCCAUCCUGAAAAUGCUGGCAGGCCUGCUGGACAGUGUGGAUGUGGGGCGCGAGGCGGCCUCCCCCGAUGUGGAAGAGGAAGGCAAGCUGGAGGAGGAGCGAGCAGUGCUGGGGCGGCUUGCCCAGCUAUCGCAGCGGGACCGCAAGGCCCCCUGCAAAAACUUCUUCUGGAAAACCUUCACCUCCUGCUAGUGCCGCCUGGCCUGGCCUCGCUGGGCCACCCACCUGUGAACACCCUGCCCUCCCCUCGGCCGCCCUGUCCCCUGAACUCCUUUCCUUUUCUUCUCCACCCCUGAGAAUAAAGCAUGGCGCCUCGGG